AAGUGUAAUAUUGCUUCGAUUCCAUUUAUAUUACUGUAUUUUUCGCUCCAUAAGACGCACUUAGGUUUUAGAGGCAGAAAACAGGAAAAAAAAUAUUCUAAACCAAUGGACUGCAGACACAGUACAGGAGAUGACCAGAGACUGCGGACACAGUACAGGAGAUGACCAGAGACUGCGGACACAGUACAGGAGAUGACCAGAGACUGCGGACACAGUACAGGAGAUGACCAGAGACUGCGGACACAGUACAGGAGAUGACCAGAGACUGCGGACACAGUACAGGAGAUGACCAGAGACUGCGGACACAGUACAGGAG